AUGAGUGUCUUGCUUCAAACUUCAGCGGGUGAUAUUGUGAUUGAUCUCUUCGUCAAGGAGAGCCCUAGAGCAUGCUUAAACUUCCUCAAGCUCUGCAAACACAGAUACUACGACUUCAGUCCACUUUUCAAUUUGGAAAAAAACGCCCAUGUUGAGUCUGGGUUGCCGGACUUUCCUCUAAACUAUACCGAAAACGACCUUGGAGUCUCCAUCUGGGGGCUAGGCGGUGAAGAACAGCGUCCCAAGGCCGGCUCUCAGAAAGUGGUGUCCCUGAAAAUUGGCCUUGUCUCCUUCAAGUUAGAUCAGUCUGCCUUUGGAUCGCGCUUCCAGAUUUCUCUCGCCCCUCAGAGCGAGGGUCACGUCUUUGGUACCGUGGCGGAGGGCUUUGACACGCUUGACACGGUCAACCGUCAGCCAGUGGACGCUGAGGGCAGAUUUGAGCAGGACAUUCGCAUCAUCCACACCUAUAUUCUUGAUGACCCGUUCGACGAUGUCGCUGACGUUCCACCCGUCCCGCGCCCCAGCAAGACCCAGCUAUCCACUGUAAGAGGUCUUGAGGUCAGGGGCGUUGAGCUAGACAUGGAAAGCAUGGACGAGGAGACCCGGGAGAGGUAUAUCCGCCAAAGAGAAGCCGAGUCCCGCUCCUUGACACUUGAGCUUAUGGGUGACAUUCCGGCUGCGACGGCGAAACCCCAGGAGAAUGUGUUGUUUGUGUGCAAGCUCAACCCAAUCACCGAGGAUGAUGAUUUGAGGCUCAUCUUUUCCAGGUUUGGCGAGAUCCGGUCGUGCGAAAUCAUCAAGGAUUCCAAGACAAGGCUCAGUUUGUGCUACGCGUUUAUCGAGUUUGCCACUAAGGAGAGCUGCGAGCAAGCGUACUUCAAGAUGGACAGCGUGUUGAUCGACGACCGGCGCAUCAAGGUUGAUUUCAGUCAGAGUGUGGCCAGCUCUACCGCAAAGUGGGAAGAGGGGGAUAAGAGAGGGCAUGAAGGGAGAGGCGGUGAGAGAAAGCGGCAUAGAGAUGAGUCUGGGAGGCAGGGUGCUUACAAUUUGGGGAGUGACAGAGAUUACGACAAACGGAGUAAUGAUUAUGGAAAGAAAGGGUAUGCUGAGAAGAAAGACUACGGCACCAAGCCUAGGGAUCGGGAAGAAGAUCGAAGGGAUUCAAGGCAGCAUGAGGGUGGUUCGAGAAGGUCGUACCGGGAGAGAGAGUCAGGGAAGGCGUAUUUUUCCAGGUCAGAUCAAGGCAGAGAUUCGGAAAAGUCAAGAUCAAAUCAUCGAGAUCUAGCGAGGUAUUCCAGAUCUGACCGGGAUGGGGACUCGGAUAAACAUUCGAGAUCCAAUCGUUAUAGAAAUACCCUGCUGAGCGACCGCAAUGCUUCUAGCUAUUCGCCAAGAUCUGAAAAAAGACAUACAUAA